AUGUCAAAUAAUAAUGAAUCAAUCUAUCAAAUACGUUAUAAUGCAUUUAUUAAACAAUUAACAAAUUAUAUUAAUUUAACUAAAUGGCCAUUAUUAUGUAAUUGUAUUAAUGAAUUUAUUGGUACAACAAUAUUUAUUAUAUUUGGUUUAGGUGUUAUGAUUCAAACAAAUAUUCAUUCAAUAAAUGAUAAAAAUAUUGGACAAUAUUUAUCUAUAUCAACGGGUUGGGGUAUAGCUAAAAUUAUUGGUUUAUUAAUAUCAACUAAUAGUUGUGGUGGUGGUGGUGAUAGUGAUGGUAACGAUCAUGAUAGUAGUAACCAUGGUAAUCAAUCAGGUUUAUUAAAUCCAUCGAUUACAUUUGCAUAUUGUUUAAUUGGUAAAUUAUCAUUUCGUUAUCUUAUCCCAUAUAGUAUAGUACAAUUAUUAGGAUCAAUAUUUGGUACAUUUAUUAUUAUUUGUAUUUAUUGGGAAAAUAUACAAUUAUAUGCUAAAUUAUAUUCCUAUGGUAAAUUAGAAAUGAAUUAUACUGGUUCAUUAUUAGUCAAUAUACCUAAUGUAUCUCAUCAAUUAUGUUUAUUAGAUUAUAUUAUAUCCAAUACAAUCUAUUCAUGGAUUAUAUUAAUCAUUAAUAAUAAUCAUAAUUUAUCAUAUGAAUUCCAAUUAAUUUAUAUUGGAUUAUUAUUCACUGGUAUUAUUGGAUCAUUAUCAUUAAAUAUUGGUAUUGGAUUAAAUCCAGCUAGUGAUUUAGGUGCAAGAAUAACAAUAUCAUUAUGUGGUUGGGGUAUUCAAGCAUUCAAAGCAAAUAAUUAUUAUUUUUGGUUACCAUUAAUUGGACCAUAUAUAGGAGCAAUAAUUGGUUCAUUAUUUUAUGGAUUUAUUAUUAGUUUACAUACAAUACCAUCAUCUGAUAUUGAUCAAUAUAAAAUACAAAAUAAUCAAUGUACAAUAAUUAAUUCAACUAGUAACUAUUUACAAAGUAGUUUCAUUGAAGAAAUGAAUGAAGAUUUAUUUAAUAUAACAGAAAUUGAUGAUUGUUUUAUAGAUAGUGAAGAGACCAUAGAUUAA